ACUACACACAGAUAGAGACGCAGAUGCAGACAAACGCAAACUGAGUGAUUUUCUACACAUCCAAACGCUCUUUAUACAUCAAAACGAUAAUACUCUUUUUUAAUUUUCUACUUGUUUCUUAUUACAAAAUUAAGGUUUUUGAAGGCGGCCCUCUCUCUUCUUUAAUCUAUCAGGAGGGAAGGCCAUGGGAGUCCUUUGAACCAUAAAGGACAGACUAGUUGCUGUUGUUAAUUGUAGUUGCUUUAUUCUUUUAAUUAGUGUCUUAGAUAUGGGUAGUAAGGGUGAUGGGAUAUUGGGAAGAAUGGCAAGGAACAGAUCAAGGAGUGCUUACCACUUUUCUCUGCUCCUCUCUCCUAUCAUUUCUUUUUGGGAAUGUAUUGAGCGUAAAAUGAGGUAUUCCUUCAGGCCCGAGUGGGUGUAGAUACAGGCAUCAUUACUAUAAAAAUUAUAUUAGUUUCCAAUUUGGGAAUUUAGUAUGCUAAUAGAAAGUAAAUAACAAAUUUUUUUUUUUUUUUUUUUUUUUAAAAAAAGAAAAAAAAAAAAAAAAAAAUUUUUUUUUUUUUUUUUUUUUUUAGAAAAAGGAAACAUAUAGGUAAACUGAUAAUGUAUACAUCUUAGGAAUUGAAAAAACGUAGAAAGAAAACCAAGAAAAGAAGUUAAAUACGAGACAUGAAUGAGUGUGCAAAAGUACAUACUGAUAUUAGAAAAGCUAAAAAGAAGCAGGUGAAGGACGAGCUAGAUCGUAUUAAACAAGCUGAGAAAAAAAAGAGGCGCUUGGAGAAGGCCUUGGCCACUUCUGCAGCAAUUCGUUCCGAACUCGAGAAAAAGAAGCAGAAAAAGAAAGAAGAACAGCAGAGGCUGGAUGAAGAAGGUGCCGCAAUAGCUGAGGCAGUUGCAAUGCAUGUCCUGCUUGGUGAAGAUUCAGAGGAUUCACGUCAUGUACGUCAUGUUAUGCUGAAGAAGGACGAGGGGUUUACCUCGUGGGAUCAUUGCAGCAACUUUGAUCUCAUUAUGGGGGGAAGGCAGGGACUAGUUCCUGAUCAUGAAUUGUCAAAAUAUUCGCUAGAAGGGAUAGGUUGGUUUUCUGAUGCUCAGAGAUAUGGGUACAUGUGGAGUCAUCAUGGGAAUUCUGACUGGAUCGUCUCUUCUAAUCCUCGGGAAAGAGAUUUCAAUGGGCAAUAUUUUGAAGAGGAAGGUUGGGAUGCUGCAGGAUUAUCUCCUGGUGUCCUUGCAGCACAGGCUGUUUCAUCACUUCAAAUUGCUGAUGAUUCACAUAUAGACACAUACGUGUUCAACCAUAUGUUAAAUCGCUAAAUUUAACGGUUUGUCUGUCUUAUGAUCACGUUGUCGUGUUAUGUUUUUUCCAUAUAUACUUCAGUGAGCUAACUUUAUUGGAUGCCACGCUUGUAUCGUCACAAGACAUUUGUUCAGUUUGAUCUUCUGGUUGUUUCUUCUUGCAUCCUCA